CAAUGUUUUUAUAAGGGUUUUUUUUUUCUCUUUGGGAUUCGAUAAUCUUUCCGAAAGCUGAUCAUCGACUUCCCGGAGUUACUCACCCACCUCAAAACGACGCAGGUUGGUGCAGAAAUAUAAAGAGGAUAUAUAUAUAUAUAUAUAUAUCGGUGCUUGGACCAUAUAAGAGAAAAAUAAGAUCAAAUGGGUAGAGGAAAGAUAGAAAUCAAGCGGAUAGAAAACACGACGAAUCGCCAAGUCACCUUCUGCAAGAGAAGAAAUGGAUUGCUGAAGAAAGCUUAUGAGCUGUCUGUUCUGUGCGACGCUGAAGUUGCUCUCAUCGUCUUCUCAAGUCGUGGUCGGCUCUACGAGUACUCGAAUAACAACAUAAGAUCAACAAUAGACCGGUAUAAAAAGGCAUGUUCUGAUAGCUCAGCUACAACUUCUGUUACAGAAAUUAAUGCUCAGUACUAUCAGCAAGAAUCAGCAAAGCUGCGGCAACAAAUUCAAAUGCUACAGAACUCUAAUAGGCAUUUGAUGGGGGAUUCGCUGAGUGCUUUAAGCGUGAAGGAGCUAAAACAACUGGAGAAUAGGCUUGAACGCGGCAUUACCCGGAUCAGGUCUAAGAAGCAUGAAAUGUUGCUAGCUGAAAUCGAAUACUUACAGAAAAGGGAGAUUGAGCUGGAAAAUGAAAGCGUGUGUCUUCGGACUAAGAUAGCAGAAGUGGAGAGAUCACUCCAAGUAAACAUGGUUACAGGGCCAGAGCUGAAUGCAAUCCAGGCAUUAGCUUCUCGCAACUUCUUUAUUGAGAACGAAACUACCUACUCACACGGCCCUGACAAGAAGAUUCUCCAUCUUGGGUAACUCGUUGGAGACGGACGAGUCUGCCAAUUGCCCCUCAAGAUAUAUAUAUAUAUAUAUAUAUAUAUAUAUAGACUAAAUAUCCAUUUGAUUUGAUUUCGAGAACAUGUAUGAUGUUGAUGUUUUACGUUUAUCAGCUGCCAUCAUAAUUAUUACUAGAAAAAUGUUAUACUCUUAUUACAUUA